AUGCUGCCACACCAACCGGUCGACGAGGUGGUCGAGGUGGGGGCAGGAUUGCUCCGACCCCAUCAGGUCGAUCUCACAGCUCCUUCCGAACUCCACUGGCGGCCGGCUCCUUCCGAACUCCACCGGCGUCCCGCCAAUCACCCCAUUCAUCCCGGUACCGGUCGUCACAAAAACCCGCGAUUGGAAUUGGUAUCCCCCUCCCAAUGUAGCACCGCUUGCGAGUGGUGUCAAGAGCUCCUCCCCCUCCUCCCAGUCCUUGGUGUCGAACAUUUGGGCACGUUAGACCAGUACCUUGGCAUCUGCCAAAUUGGUGUACAUGACCAUCAUACCCGGAUCCUCCUCGAGCACUACAAGAUAACGCACUGGACGUAUUUUCGCCGCGUCCAUCCGGAUACACUACUCAUGUUGAAGUUUGCCGAAGGGCCUGCUCAACAGUUGUGUGAUGGCAUGGCCCUAUGGGUGGCCACCCUCCAGAAGAACCGGCGAGAAAUCGAAAACGAAGUCGAAUACGCCUCCAAUAGAUAG